AUGCCUUCUUCAUCUUCUUCUGAUUCUAGUGCACUCACUAUCCUCUCAAAAUGCAGUGUCUUCCCUCACCAGAAAUCAACUAUGGAAGACCUCAAGCUCUCUAUCUCAGACCUUAACAUGCUCUCUUGCCAUUACAUCCAAAAGGGUUGUCUCUUCACAACCCCGUCUCUUCCCUCUCACACUCUCAUUCCUCACCUCAUCACUUCCCUAUCACGCGCUCUAUCUCUCUUUCCCCCACUCGCCGGCAGAUUCAUAACUGACUCUCACGGCUACAUCUACAUCACAUGCAACGACGCCGGCGUCGAUUUCAUCCACGCCACAGCCACCGACCUCAACAUCGCCGACCUCUUGUCCCCACCCGAUGUACCUCAUGCCUUCACGGAACUCUUCCCCUUUCACCGGAAAAUCAACUACACCGCCCAUUUCUCUCCCAUCAUGGCCGUUCAGGUCACCGAGCUCGCCGACGGCGUCUUCAUCGGCUGCGCCGUCAACCACGCCGUCACCGACGGUACAUCUUUAUGGAACUUCUUCAACACCUUCGCCGAUGUUUCAAGGGGAGCCACGUGUGCCUCCAGGGUCCCGGACUUCCGCCGGGAAUCCAUCCUGAUCUCGAAGGUCGUGCUCCUGUUGCCGGAAAGUGAUGACAUCACGGUGACGUUCAACCCCGACGAGGCCUUGCGCGAGAGGAUUUUCAGCUUCGGGCGCGUGGCCAUUCAGAAGCUGAAAGCGAGAGUGAACCAAACGUGGCGGGAAAACGUUGGUGCCGUUGAGUUGAUGGGGAAGCUGAACAACGACCCUCAACUGAAAACGGUUACGAGAAAGGAAACUGAAACCGUCGAAACGACUGAGAUCUCGUCGUUUCAGUCGUUGUGCGCGCUGAUGUGGCAAUGCGUGACGCGCGCGAGGAAUCUUCUAGGGACGAAAACGACGACGUUUAGAAUGGCAGUGAACAUUCGCAACCGUCUAGAGCCUAAGUUGGGGGAUUACUACUUCGGGAACGCGAUUCAGAGCAUACCCACGUGCGCCGCCGCGGGCGACGUGGUGUCUAGGAAUUUGUGGUGGUGCGCGGAGGAGCUGAACAAGAACGUGAGGGCUUACGAUAGCGCUAUGGUGAGGCGGGCCAUAGAGGAUUGGGAGCGUGACCCGAAGUGCUUCCCGCUGGGGAACCACGACGGAGCAACGUUGCAGAUGGGAAGCUCGCCGAGAUUCCCAAUGUACGACAAUGAUUUUGGAUGGGGGAGGCCCUUGGCGGUGCGGAGCGGCGGAGCAAAUAAGUUUGACGGGAAAAUGUCGGCGUUUCCGGCUAGGGAAGGUGGCGGCGCCGUCGAUUUGGAGGUGGUUUUGGCGCCUGAAACGAUGGCGCGGCUCGAGUCUGAUCCUGAGUUCAUGCUUUACGCCUCUGGUCAGUCAUGA